AUGCAAGAGCCCCCGAGACCUACAUUCGACAGCUCCUACUUCAAGGGUUUCUCCUCCAGUACACCGGUAGGCUCAUCACAAUAUGUCACUCGAUCCCUACUCCCUGCAGCAGCUGCAGCAGCAGCAAGAGAAGCGGAAUGGGAAGUGACAGGAGACAACGGCAAGAAUGGCUUCAUAAGAGAUACCCGCUACUCUGAGCAGUACCAUAUUUACGUUCGUCUUUCCCCCUUUUUUUUCUCAGGACCUGGGUGAAGUAUAGAAAGAGAGAUGGGGGGGCUAACGGGGAAAGGACUGUCCCGCCGCCUAUAGGAAAUUGAGCUGUUCGACUACAUAUUAACGCACCCGAACGUCGAAUCGUUCAGGAAUAAUCCCGAGGCGAUAAUAGCGGAGAUGGAAGUUUUCAUGACGAAGAGGUCCCUUAUAAAUAUUGGGGAGGUGAAAGGUUCACACCAUAUCACACCUCAUCUUAUCGUACCCAGCAGGGCUGAGUUAGCUAACGGGUUCACUGGCAGGCCGCCUGAUAAAAAGUCUAAUAUUGACCCACUGCCCGAAAAAAAUUAUAGAGAUCGGCGCAUACAUCGGGUACAGCACCCUCCUCUUUGCCUCGAUCCUAAAAUCGGACCCGCUCAUCCCCACUGCGGAGAAGAAAUACAUUGCGGUCGAGGAGUCCCCGCUUUUCGCUUCGAUAGCCCUAUCACUAGUGAACCUUGCGGGUCUCUCGGACCUGGUCCAGGUCACCAUUGGCCGUUCCCCCGAUACGCUGAGGAAUCUAAAGAGCCAGGUACCAACGGUGGACAUGCUAUUUUUUGCCCGCAACAAGCCGCUGUACACGGAUGACUUGAAGGUCAUGGAGGAGAUGGGGAUGAUUGGGGUUGGGAGUGUGCUGGUGGCAGAUAAUGUCACGAUGCCUGGGUAUCGGAGGUAUGCGAGGUAUGUGCGCAUGGCGGCUAGGGAGAAGCUUGCUGCUGGAGUGAAGACUAGGAUUGCGGAGGAGGAGGGAUGGGUGGAUAUGGGAGAACGGGAGAGGGGGGGGGAUCCGAGGCUAGUUUAUGAGAGUGGGGUGUUGAGGGGUUCUAGCCGUAUGUGUACUCCGGUAUGUCGUUCUUUCUUGCGGGGAGGUGGGAGGUUGAGAAGGGGGAGAUGCUAAUGAAGUCUAACAUGACAGGGCGCAAUAGAAGUGACGAUGUGUGUUGAAAAAGUUGAAGAACAAGAGGACCCCGCCGAGGAGCCUUUGGCCGGCUCUAGGGGAGAAGAAAUCCUAACCACAGCUCUAGCCACUUCUCCCCAGUCUUGA